AUGGAACGUCUAACAUUAUUUCACUUACGGCAAGCGGAUAGGAGUAAUGAACCGGAGACGAAGACUAUCAUUGAUCAGAUGGAUACAGAAAGUAUUGUUCGGAAGGCGUACUACGAGAAACUUUGUCAGUGGAAAGACGACGCACUUCGACUGUUCAAACUGAAUCAUGUUAACUACCUCUACAAGAGACUUUAUAAUCUGCCCUCUAGUUUCGAGAAUCUGGAUGCAAGUCAGUCCUGGCUGGCGUAUUGGAUGGUACAUGGUUUAGGCCUGUUGAACGUCGAGAUUCCGGAAGACAUGUCUCUGAAAUUGAUAUCACUAAUUGCAGAUAUGCAGGACCCAAAUGGUGGCUUCGGCGGCGGACGUUAUCAGUUUCCACACCUUGCAACAUCAUAUGGUGCAGUCAACUGUUUAGUAUCACUUCGUCGUCGAGAUGCUCUAGAUAUUAUCAAUCGAGAUGCUCUGGCUAACUGGAUGCGGAAACUGCGCCAGCCAAAUGGUUCUUUCUUAAUGCAUGUAGGCGGAGAGAUCGAUGUUCGAGGUGCAUAUUGUGCUAUAACAGUGGCUAGACUGACAGGACUUCUCAGAAAAUAUCCUGAUUUGUUCGAAUCAACCGCGGAAUGGGUGGCUAGUUGUCAGACCUAUGAAGGUGGUUUCGGUGGUCAACCGGGAUUGGAGGCCCAUGGUGGUUACACUUUCUGUGCUAUAGCGGCAUUGUGUUUCUUGGGUAGAUCCGAUCUAAUCAAUUUACCCAGACUGUUGCGUUGGGCGAGUCAUCGGCAGAUGGCGACUGAAGGUGGUUUCCAGGGUAGGACAAACAAACUGGUGGACAGUUGCUAUUCAUUUUGGCAAGGUGCUGUUUUCCAAAUAGUUGAAGAAUUGUUAUGGUUGUCAGGUGAUCCUGCCCUCAAUGAUACGGACACCUUAUAUAAUCCAUCUGCUUUGCAAGAAUAUAUACUACUGUGUUGUCAGAAAGUAUCUUAUACACGUCCAGGUUUGAGUGUGCAUACUAAAGACGACUCUUCAAGUGAAACAUCAUCUAUGAAGAGAAGUUCAAGUCCGGAACAGAACAUGCCGACUUUUGACGGUGGUGGACUGAUUGAUAAGCCUGGAACAAAUCCUGAUCCUUAUCACACGUGUUAUGCAUUAAGUGGACUUAGUCUGGCACAACAUUCUCCUCGAUAUCAUGGACCACCGCCAACAACAAUAGACAAAAAGCAAUCUGACAAUCUUUCCUAUCCAUCCUCAGUUGUUGAUCUAUUGGGUGCAGAGUUUGGAAAUGAACUGGCUGAUUUAGAUCCCUAUCAUAAUAUUAUACAUGACAGGCUAGCAUUUGCUUUAACCUAUUUUAGAGAGUUAGACAAUGGUCAAUCGCCAGAAUGUGCAGAACAAUCGGCUUUAAAAGCUGCUGAAGAAUUCUCUACACCUAUAGCGUCAGUAAUUCGUAAGGAUAAUAUUCAUAUAGAGCUGCUUAGCUCGAAUACGGAAGAUACUAAUGAACAGUCGUCGUCUAGUUGUGUCGGCCGAUACGCCGAAUCUGAUAAGCAUACAUGUACAGUACCAUAAUAAAAUAACGUGAAAUUUUUGUUUAACAAAAGGUUAUUUUUAUUCACUGCUAAAAAGAAGAAAAAAAUAUACAGAUUUGAGAAGGUUA